AGGGAGGGAUAUUGAGACGGAGACAUGAGGAAGGAAGUUGGAUGCUGGAGAGUCGGGAGUGCAUGUAGGCUGUGGACAAGCAGGCAGACUCAGCACUGAUCUGGACAAGUGAGACAGGUGUGGUCCUGACUGUCCAAAGGAUAACAGGCACAUCUCCACCAUCCUAAUCCCCUGCUAAAGUUUUAGGGAAUCCCUGUGGAUUGAGGAAACCACCAUCCAGGCUUCGCCCUGGAGGCCAGAAGCUUCAGUGAGGGCUCUCCAGAGGAGGAAUGCUGCGGGAGCUGCUCAUCUCCUUCUGCACCUCCACUGGAGUCGCCUGCACUCUCUGUGGAGGAGCCGGGUUUCACCACUGUGGAGCUGUGCCAAGAUGGAGAAGACCUCUUCCUGACUACACCUGAGGGAGGGACGGAGGACAUGAGUGGUCAAGAUCCAAACUGUGAAGACAUGCAGAGGAAGGACCAGAGAUUGCCAUUUCAGAUCUUCCCCGACCCUGUGGAGGUGGUCCUGCCCCCAGUGGCCACCCUGCACAGCCCUGACCAGGGCCACGGGAAGGAGCGUCUGCCCUCCAUUGUGGUUGAGCCCACAGAGGUGAGCGAGGUGGAGAGUGGAGAGCUGCGCUGGCCUCCAGAGAGCAAUGACAUGGACCAAGAUGAGGAGGACCUGUUCCUGGAGCAGUGCAUCCCCCCGGCUAACAUCGCAGACUGGGGAGAGGAGGAGGAAGAGGAGGAAGAGGAGACGUCAGUUAUACUGAACCCACAGCAUGGCUUGACACUCAUUGACCUGCAGUCGGAUGCAUUUCGAGAUGACACCCCCACACUUCCACCGAGCAGCGCUCCGGCCCUCAACUGACUUAACCACAAAAAUAUCUGCUCCUCUGAUGACCCCAAGAAGAAAAGUCCCAGAUGUCAAGACAACAUUGCAACUAGGGGUUUCCAGAGACAGAAGAUGCGUGGGCUGCAAACCAGCGUAAAGCAAGUACAGCACAGAUGUGAUUCAGAGGUCAGACAUUGAGACACAGCUUCAUGACAACUGUGACUUAUAUCAGCAUGUACACAAACAUAAAUACACAAUAACAUAUUCUAACGCACACAAGAGUCAGCUUGCGGAAGUUGGUGGUAGUUGAGCAAUACGUGUUUUUAAAAGGUCUUUGCUGACAUGGAGACUUAAUGUUUCAUUUCCCUUAUUUCCUAAGUUUUAAGGGCUUGAUGAUGCCAUAGGAUAUCCUCUCAUGGUAACAAAAUCUUCUUUAGUUUGUUCAUUAUCAACACUUCGUCUGUGUCUGUUAUACAGAUAACAGCCAUGUACUUAAUUAAACAUCUUCCUCAGCGAUCAUCUUUUGACCCCGCUGGUUUCUUCUGGGGACAUUUUCCAGCUCAUACCCUCAUAGUGAACAGUAUUUAUUAAAAUGCAUUAAAAUGUGCCGGCUGUUCUCUGCAUCGACUCGCUGUUUUUGCUUUUUCUUGAAUUUGUCGAGCGUUGUAAGAUUUCACUGAUCACAUUCUAUCAUGACAUUAUUGCAUCUAUCUCUCAUGGAGGCAGCCAUGCGUUAUGACCUAAUGUCAUCUUUACAGACAAAAUUUUCCAAAAGGUUUCAUUUUCAUUUAUUCAACCAAAUAAAAAAGAGGGCAGCUCUAGUCGCUUUUCAUUACAACAGUUGUAGAUGCCACAGAGAUUUGUAGAAAUGUGUACUUAAGUUUGUGUGUAGGCUGAUCAGUGAUAUAACUUGUAUAUAUGGAAAAGUUGUUGUGUUACUGUAAAAUUGUUAUUAUGAAUACAUGAAUAAACUACAGGAGAUUAGUUUUGGAUGGUUUAUAUCACUUUUUUAAAUCAAAGAAAUGUUCUAAUAUAAUAAUAAUAAUAAUCCAAUAUAAUACUGGAUCCACCUACAUCAUUACAACUUUAUAAACUGUUUAAAUUGAAAGUAUGUUUGAAUUGGCAGCAGAAAAGAAGUUUUUGCAACAACUUGUUCAAAAUAAAGUUAUGAUCAGCUUUAUUGAUCCCUUGCAGGAAAGGGUGUAUGGUGUAGAAAGUAUAGAAGUAUAUAGAUGCAUAAAUGAUAAAAGGUACUAAUUGCUAAAAAGUGCAGUGAGACCAAAAUUAAUCUUGAAAGAAGGGAGCAGAGAAAUAAUUUUACAUUUAAUGAAAAGAGAGGAGAAGUGAACAAACAACAGAAACUGAGAACAAGAUGAAGUAAAUAUUCACUUAUUGUAUGUGUUUUGGGAGAAGGUGUGAUGAAUAAAAUUACAUUAAAACGCU